UAACCCACAUUCCCGUGAUUUACGAUUACGCUCUAAUAACUCCACGAGUUAAUCUCCGAUGAGUUUUACACCCUAACCUACAUACAUAUCGCAAAUCUUCGUGAUACACUUCCGCGUUACCGGAAAGUUUAUCACUUCCGUUUUUUCCAGAGUGAGCAUUCGAGUAUUCCCUGUCUAGCAGAAUUUCGUGAAUGUGUAAUACCGUAUUGACCAGUAUUGACACACGUCGGGACGUGUUUUUCCAGGCAUGAUAGAGAUAAGAAAGAGCAGGCAGAGAGGAAAUCAGAGUAUCGGCAACGAACUUCGGUGUAUAGAGCGAGAACUGGUUAGCGGUUGGGUUUGGUUCAGUCGUUGAUGAGAUGGCGUGGAUGCAAACAACAGACAACAAGCUUGGGCGAAAAGUAUCCGAGCAGCUGUUAGUUGCGCGUGUGAUACGUGCAUGCGUCAAUCGUUUCGUCGUUGAUCGCACUACGCGGCGCGUCGAUUCGUUGAGUAUUUAAACGCGAUAAAACAAAAAAAGAAAGGAAUCGAUUGGCCGUCAUCGCAUUAUUUAUUUUAUUAUUUUUCAUCGCGUUUCGAAAAUCAUAAAUCGAUGACCUCGAGCAUUCGCGCGGACGUGGUAUAGUUUGACCAUUCGGACACGAGAGAAGCGUCUUUUGACGUUUCGAAAGCUUCCGAGAACGCCUGUAAAAACGAAGGAAAACAUUGUGCAGCUGAAACUACGCGACCUACCAUCAUCGUCCAGCAGCGAUACUGGUGAUGUAAACUCCAUAAAAAUGGCGGACAACGGUAACGCGGAGGAUAAUAACAAGAGAAAUCUUGUCGAUGGUGAAUCCGGUGCAAUGAGAUCAGGCAAUAUUCUACGGGCUAAUUCAUGGAGCGAGGGGCCUGACGAUCACGAGGAUUACGACGGUGGCCUACUCGCCCCUGACAACGGUGAAAUAAGUGACUCAAACAUAGGGACUUCGAGGACAAGAAACACAUUCGCAACCAAUUCUUACAUGGAGAAUAAAAUGAGAAGGAGGCUGCGAUUCUUUUUUAUGAAUCCCAUAGAGAAAUGGCAGGCCAAACGUCGCUUUCCAUACAAAUUUGCGAUUCAAGUCAUUAAAAUCAUACUCGUCACCAUACAACUGUGCCUUUUUGCACACAAUAAUUAUAUUCAUGUUAACUACACGUGGGAUAACAGAGUCGCCUUUUCGCAUCUCUUUCUCAAAGGAUGGGACGCUAUGCAAGAGGUACCGGCGUAUCCACCAGCAACGGGGCCAUUGGCAUUAUAUAAAAAAGACGAAUUCUUCGACACGAUUGAUUACGCCCUGCAAGGUUAUUACAAUCUGAGUAACGCGAUUGGUUCGUACACUUAUACGAACGAGGAUAAUUCGAUCGGUCCGGUGACGCUGUGUCGUUAUCAAUACAAGAACGUCCAAAUUUACGGGUUCAACGAGAGCUAUGUGUUCAACAAUGCAGUAGAAAAGAUAUGUUUCAACAUAACGAAAAGUGCCAACGGGAACGAGAACUUCAAAUCUCGAGAUUAUUUCAAUAGGAUGAACGCGGAGGGAGAGGACGAUUUGAAUUUUUCAUCGUUGAUCAAGGCCUUCUUGAAAUUCUCUGUAAAAACGGUAAAUAUCAAAGCAGCAGGACCAAUAACACCGGCGGAUUGUUACAAAUUUGAUAUCAGAAUAAUAUUCGACAAUGGCGAUUUCGACGGGCAAAUGUUACUGUCAUUGGACGCGGUUGCUAAAAGAUUGGAGUGUCAAGGAGACACGGAAUACACAACGGACAAUCGUUUGGAUUCGGCGCUCCGAACCCUUUUGAAUCUUCUCGUAAUAUUUAUUUGCGGUCUCUCAUUGGCGCUCUGCUCCCGAGCGAUUUAUCGCGCACAAUUAUUGAAAUUUGAGACGAUCAAGUUUUUCGAGAAAACUUACGGCAAGAGUCUCAGUUUCGAGGGUAAACUCGAGUUUCUUAAUAUGUGGUACAUCAUGAUAAUAAUCAACGAUCUCUUGAUAAUCGUCGGUUCAGCGAUGAAGGAGCAAAUCGAGAGGAAAUAUUUCGGCAGCGAUCACUGGAACGUCUGCAGCAUUUUCCUCGGCACUGGAAAUCUCCUCGUAUGGUUCGGAGUCCUGAGAUAUCUCGGAUUUUUCAAAACCUACAACGUCGUCAUAUUGACCCUGAAAAAAGCAGCUCCGAAAGUCGCGCGUUUUCUCAUUUGCGCCAUCCUCAUUUACGCCGGUUUCACUUUUUGUGGAUGGCUCGUCCUCGGCCCUUAUCACAUGAAAUUCCGGUCCCUCGCGACCACCUCCGAAUGCUUGUUCGCCCUCAUCAACGGCGACGAACUGUACGCCACUUUUUCCAUCACUUCCUUCAAAUCUCCGAUGCUCUGGUGGUUCUCUAGAAUUUAUUUGUACAGUUUCAUGUCCCUCUACAUUUAUGUGAUUCUCAGUCUUUUCAUAUCCGUUAUAAUGGACGCCUACGAUACCAUAAAGCUGUACUAUCGCGAUGGCUUCCCGAAAAACGAUUUGCAGGCUUUCAUCGCUGCCUGCACCGACGAAGCCUCCAGCGGUGUUUACCGACAAGAAUGCGACGACAGUGAUUUCACAGAGCUUUUCAACAGGCUCUGUUGCUGUCGAAAAAGGGCCUACGACAGCUUCACCGAAUCCACCGGUACAACAAUCGUAUCGAAAAGCGACGAAACUUGUCCAAACGCAAUUUGCAUAUAGUCCACUCGUAUAUCAUAGUUUUACGUACAAGAAUUACGGAUCUCUGCAUCAAACACCGCAAUGAGGAUUUGAGGAGAAAAAAAGGUCCUUUGCGACCAUUUUUAUCAGUUACCAAAAACACGCAUACCCGAUAACAAACUUUUUGAAGAAUUUUUCUCGCUAUUCUUCCUGGCCCUUGGCCUUUUCUUCGUGCGAAGAUUUUCGUGUUCGAAUCGCCGAUACGAGAAAGUAUUUCAUCGAGAAAAAACAACGUCAUGACAAUAAUACGCGAGCGAACAAACAUAAUAAUUCACGUCGAUUCUUUCGUCUAAAUUUAUCUAAUUAAAUUGGAAAGAAGACGAUUUUCUAGAUGCUUCAAUUGUUUUCGGGUUUCGAGAAUUUUAUCAAGUUUUACGCACAAAAUGAUUUCUCGCGUCGUUGAAAAUAGACGACUAAAUAAAUGUGGAGAAACAAAAUUUUGUGGUCGUUGAGAAAUUCACAGCGAAACUGUGAUGAAAUACGUCGAGUAUAAUUGCAAUCUGUAAUCAGUUGAUAAAUCUCGAUCUGUGAAUUAGCCUCUAACAAGCAGAAAAAAAAUAUAAUAAUAUUAAUAUUAUUUAAGAUUAAGUUAAAAAAAAAAAACAAUCGCGAGCCUCGAUUAUUGUGAAUAAUCCAGAAUCUGGGGGGUGCUAAUGAAAAAUCGAGUCUGUGAUAAAAUCGAGGACCGAUCGAAGAUUGACAAAUAUGUACGAGUAAAAAAAGCAUUUAAUAUAUUCAGUGUAACGAGGUGAAUCGCUCCACGAAGUCACUCGCAACUACGGAACGAACUAACUGCCGAGAUUUUAUUGAUGUAAUCGACAUUCUCGAUCGAAUUUUAAUAACCGCGAAUAACAAUUGUUUGAUACGAUUUACAAAACACCAAAAACCAGGAUUUUUCAGUCAAUAUAUCUUGACGUAUCCGAAAUGACGGCCGGUGAAUAAUCGCAUUCGAAAUUAGUGGAACGAGAUGUUUUUUUUUCAAACUGCUCCCAGUAUUUGAACAAUUGUAGACUCUUUGCUUACGAAAAAUCUCUUUUAAACAUUUAAAAAGUAGUUGGACACUUUUUUAGUUUUUUUUGUUCAAUUUGCGAAGCAGCAAAUUUUGGAAGGAGUCAAAAAAACCAUUUUGUUUCACCUCUUUCGGACCUGAUGAUGAAUUAAGAAUAUCAUUAACGUUACAAUGUAAUCGUCGCGUAUGUAAAUAUAUCAACUUUUGUAUAUAUUCGUGUAAUAUUGUAUGUAAUAUAAAUGACACGUAUACUCAUUAAAAUGUAUAUAUUGCAUGACCUAUCGUCAGAAAGUCAUAAAAUACCGAAUUAAGCGCCUUCGGCUGGAGAAAAUUGAUGUGAAAAUUAGAAUUUUUCGAAGUUUACAUUUUCUGUUUUAUGAAGAACGUUAAUUUUUUAUUAUUAGGAAACUAAAUCGAGUUCGGUGCUUUGUUAAUGAUUUGGGAUAACAGAAAAUAAUGACGUGCAGAAUGUUGAGGAAACGAAUGAAUUCAUAGAGAAUAUGAAAACUUGGAAAUUAUGGAAUUUUAUAUUUGACGAGAAAAUUAAACGAAAUUCAUAAAUUUAGAUCAAUUUGUUAUUUUUAUUUAGUCUCUAUUUUUUAUCAAACAAACGAGCGUGCUAUUAGUUAUAAAAAUGGCUGAUUUUAAUCUUUGGAAACCAGAAAUCUAGUGUUGAAGAACAACUUCGAUUCAAUAACCAUUUUUAAAAACUUUCUGAUGAUAGGGAAUGUAUAAAUGUUGUUGAAAAACCGGAAUUCCGUCGGGCUCAAAAUACACGAAAUUGUAAUAAAAACGUCCAAUUCAUUUUUUUGGCAUGAAAGAGAAAAAUGUUUCUCACGUGAAUGCCGAUAUCCAAAAAAGUAUUAUGUGCCAAAGAUGCAACUGCGUACGCAUAAUUAUAAUUGACAUUAACGAUCCACAUCAAAAGUAAAGACGAAUACACGAAUAAAUGUCACGGCUUUUCAAUUGAA